AUGGACAGCCGUUUAGACUUACUUUUCAAGGCUAAAAGUAUAUUUUUGCUUUAAUCAUCAUCAAACUGUGAAAUAUGCAAUCUUGAUCUGGGAUUUGAUAUUGCAUUUGGAGGAAGUACUGAGGUAAAACCACGAAUAGGAAAAGUAAAGGCUAUUCAUAGUUAGAAAUUACGUCUUAAAAAUGAAACCUCUGGAGGAACUUAUAACGUUCUACAUAAUACUGAUCUUGAAAUUGUCAAAUGUGGUCUGGAGCAUUUGAAUUAUAAAAAUAAGAAUGAAUCAGCAUUGCUAGACACUGAAAAUCUUUAUUGCAUAAAAGACAAAUCAAAGCUAAAGAUUGGAGGAGCAUUUGCAACUAAUAAGUUAGAAUAAAUCGAAUUACUUCUUCAACCUUGUACUAAUAGUACAAAUAGUUCUCUAGUUUGUGCUCCUCAGGAGGAAAUAGAUUCCACUCUAUUUAAAGUAAAUAAAAAUAUUCAUGAAUAACUCAAAUAGAUCAACUUCAAUCUAAGAAUGGUGAAUCAGCAUUUUGACUUUUUAGAUUUUGAGACUCCUAUCAAACCUUACAUUGAAGAUCGAUACUAUGUGCCCAUAAAUCCAGGAUACCAAAAAACAACUAAUAUUUUGAUUAGAAGAAAUCAUGCUCAGCUAAACGAUUAAUACCUCCCAUUUUAAGCUGAAGUUGAGAGAGAAUUCGCUUCAGUUGAAAAAGUGUUUAACUUCAUGACAUAUCCAGAUUACUUCUGUACAAAUUGCUUAGUCAGAGUAAUCUUAAGGAUAGAUUUAGACUAGGAUAUUUACAACAGACAAGUAUACAAUUUUACUGAUCUCAUUUCAGAACUUGGAGGAUUUUAUAGUGCUCUAUUUGCUUUGGGAGCUAUCCUAGUCUCAAACAUUAGUGAGAAUAUCCUCUACUCUCAGAUUAUAAAGGAGAUAUAUUAAUAGAAGGUAAAUAAAAACCAUAAAAGUGAUAAGAAUCCUUAGAAAAUACUAAGUUCUUUCUUCAAUGAAACAUGGAAAAAUCUUAAAUCUAUUCAGAGCAAAAGAAGCUCUUCGAUGAAUCUUGGUUAGUUAUAUUAAGAUCCUAGCUUAAUUGACACUUCAACAAUAGAUAAAUAAUCUCCAAGAAGGAAAAAAUAAAGUUUGCUAGAAGCAAUAAUUAAUGAAAUAUCUAAUAGAUCGAACCUCAUAUUCAAAAUUAGAGACCUCUUAAGAGCCUCCUUUGGGCAUAUUAGCGAUAAAAAACUAUCAUAACUCAAGCAUUAGGAAGAGUAUCGGAAUCUGUAUUUACUUAAAAAAGGAGUUAAAAAACUAGACAGUGAAUUCGAUGCAAUUUCUUUAUUCAGGCUAAUGAAGUAAGUCAAACUCUUACUAAAGGUUCUUCUAAACCCAACUCAACAACUCAUGCUUGCAUUUUAAAAGAAGAACAUUCUUGACUCAGAAAGUAGUGACAAUAAUUCAGAGCAUGAUGAUGUAAAGAUGGUUAAGAAGGUAAAAAGUAAAAACUAGUUUAUCAAACUUAUGGGAAUUGGAAAGAUGAAAGAACAGCUAAGCUCUUACUUGGACAACAUAAAAAGCAAAAAUAGAAAAAUAGAUAUAAGACUAUUGAUGGGCUUAUUAAAAAAGGAGAUAGAACCUUAGUAGCAUGAUAUGACAUUUUUAGAGAAAGUAAAAGCUAAGUUUAUUACAAAUAACAGUAGACUUGACUAGAUUGACAAAGAUCAGGGAAACCAAAAUAGUAUAUCAUAGAAAUUCGCAUAAUAUAUGAUAAUGACUACAAUUAAUAAUGAAAAGUAAGUCAAAACUACUACCCAUGAAUCUAUUAAAAAAACUAAGAAAUUAUAUCAUAAUAGGAAACAUAGUCGAUCUUAAGUUUAAGGUAUUGGAAACUCAGAAUUUAGUAAUUAAAGUUAGGCUUAUGAUUAGAAUUCAAAGGAUGAAGAAUUAGAACUUAUGGAAUUAGUUGAUAAAGAACUACAAAAUAUGACAGCAUAGAAAUAAGAUUAAGAAAGCUAUAAAAGUUUCUAGUCUUAAGAACAAAAUUAUUCUCCAUUCAUUAAAUAAAAAAGGAAUUAGCUCUUUAAUAAAGAAAAAGAUAAUAGUGUAAUGGGAAUUAAUAACUCUAGAACUUUAAAAGAUGAAAUAAAAUACAAGCAAUCAAAAUCAACCCUCUAAAGUCUAGAAUCCUAAUGA